AUGACGACGAGAGAACAGCAUUCGAGUUUUAAUUUUUUUCAUUUUCAACAAAGGUCUUUUCUGUGGUACGGAUUGUUCAGUCAUUCCUCUGACGUUCAUUACACAAAGGUCUUUUGUGUUGUACGGAUUGUCCAGUCAUUCCUCUAUCGUUCAUUACACAAAGGUCUUUUCUGUGGUACGGAUCGUCCAGUCAUUCCUCUAUCGUUCAUUACACAAAGGUCUUUUCUGUGGUACGGAUCGUCCAGUCAUUCCUCUAUCGUUCAUUACACAAAGGUCUUUUCUGUGGUACGGAUUGUUCAGUCAUUCCUCUAUCGUUCAUUACACAAAGGUCUUUUCUGUGGUCUUUUCUGUGGUACGGAUUGUUCAGUCAUUCCUCUAUCGUUCAUUACACACAAAGGUCUUUUUCUGUGGUACGGAUUGUUCAGUCAUUCCUCUGACGUUCAUUACACAAAGGUCUUUUUUCUGUGGUACGGAUCGUUCAUUCAUUUCUUUUCUGACGUCCAGUCAUUUUAUCGUUCACACAAAGGUGUUUUUCUGUGGUAUGGAUUGUUCAGUCAUUCCUCUAUCGUUCAUUACACAAGGUCUUUUCUGUGGUACGAUUGUUCAGUCAUUCCUCUGACGUUCAUUACACCAAAGGUCUUUGUGUUGUACGGAAAGGUCUUUUCUGUGGUACGGAUUGUUCAGUCAUUCCUCUAUCGUUCAUUACACAAAGGUCUUUUCUGUGGUACGGAUUGUCCAGUCAUUCCUCUGACGUUCAUUACACAAAGGUGUUUUCUGUGGUCUUUUCUGUGGUACGGAUUGUUCAGUCAUUCCUCUAUCGUUCAUUACAACUGUGGUAAAGGUCUUUUCUGUGGUACGGAUUGUCCAGUCAUUCCUCUAUCGUUCAUUACACAAAAGGUGUUUCCUGUGGUACGGAAUGUUCAGUCAUUCCUCUAUCGUUCAUUACACAAAUGUCUUUUCUGUGGUACGGAUUGUUCAGUCAUUCCUCUGACGUUCAUUACACAAAGGUCUUUUCUGUGGUACGGAUUGUCCAGUCAUUCCUCUAUCGUUCAUUACACAAAAAGGUCUUUUCUGUUCAUUCCUCUAUCGUUCACAAACGGAUCGUGUCAUUUUUCUGUGGUACGGAUUGUUCAGUCAUUCCUCUAUCGUUCAUUACACAAAGGUGUUUUCUGUGGUACGGAUUGUUCAGUCAUUCCUCUGACGUUCAUUACACAAAGGUGUUUUCUGUGGUACGGAUUGUUCAGUCAUUUCUCUGACGUUCUUUACACAAAGGUGUUUUCUGUGGUAUGGAUUGUUCAGUCAUUCCUCUAUCGUUCAUUACACAAAGGUCUUUUCUGUGGUACGGAUUGUUCAGUCAUUCCUCUAUCGUUCAUUACACAAAGGUCUUUUCUGUGGUACGGAUUGUCCAGUCAUUCCUCUGACGUUCAUUACACAAAGGUGUUUUCUGUGGUACGGAUUGUUCAGUCAUUCCUCUAUUGUUCAUUACACAAAGAUGUUUUCUGUGGUAUGGAUUGUUCAGUCAUACCUCUAUCGUUCAUUACACAAAGGUCUUUUCUGUGGUACGGAUUGUCCAGUCAUUCCUCUGACGUUCAUUACACAAAGGUGUUUUCUGUGGUACGGAUUUUUCAGUCAUUCCUCUAUUGUUCAUUGCACAAAGAUGUUUUCUGUGGUACGGAUUGUUCAGUCAUUCCUCUAUCGUUCAUUACACAAAGGUGUUUUCUGUGGUACGGAUUGUUCAGUCAUUCCUCUAUCGUUCAUUACACAAAGGUGUUUUCUGUGGUACGGAUUGUUCAGUCAUUCCUCUAUCGUUCAUUACACAAACUGUUUUCUGUGGUGUUUUCUGUGGUACGGAUUGUUCAGUCAUUCCUCUAUCGAUUUUUUCAUUGCUUAGUCAUUCCUCUGACGUUCAAAGGUGUUUUCUGUGGUACGGAUUGUGCAGUCAUUCCUCUGACGUUCUUUAUACAAAGGUGUUUUCUGUGGUACGGAUUGUUCAGUCAUUUCUCUGACGUUCUUUACACAAAUGUGUUUUCUGUGGUAUGGAUUGUUCAGUCAUUCCUCUAUCGUUCAUUACACAAAGGUGUUUUCUGUGGUACGGAUUGUUCAGUCAUUCCUCUAUCGUUCAUUACACAAAGGUGUUUUCUGUGGUACGGAUUGUCCAGUCAUUCCUCUGACGUUCAUUACACAAAGGUGUUUUUCUGUGGUACGGAUUGUUCAGUCAUUCUGACGUUCUUUACACAAAUGUGUUUUAUGUGGUAUGGAUUGUUCAGUCAUUCCUCUAUCGUUCAUUUUCUGUGGUAUGGAUUGUUCAGUCAUUCCUCUAUCGUUCAUUAUAAAAGGUUUUUCUGUGGUACGGAUUGUUCAGUCAUUCCUCUGACGUUCAUUACACAAAGGUGUUUUUCUGUGGUACGGAUUUUCAGUCAUUCCUCUAUUGUUCAUUGCACAAAGAUGUUUUCUGUGGUACGGAUUGUUCAGUCAUUCCUCUAUCGUUCAUUACAAAAGUGUUUUCACGGAAAGGUCUAUCGUUUUUCUGUGGUACGGAUUGUUCAGUCAUUCCUCUCGACGUUUUUCUUUAUCGUUCAUUACAAAAGGUGUUUUCUGUGGUACGGAUUGUUCAGUCAUUCCUCUAUCGUUCAUUACACAAAGGUGUUUUCUGUGGUGUUUUCUUUGGUACGGAUUGUUCAGUCAUUCCUCUAUCGUUCAUUACACAAACUGUUUUUCUGUGGUGGGAAAGGUCUUUUCUGUUUUUCUGUGGUGUUUUUGUGGUACGGAUUGUUCAGUCAUUCCUCUAUCGUUCAUUACACAAAGGUGUUUUCUGUGGUACGGAUUGUUCAGUCAUUCCUCUAUCGUUCAUUUCAAAAGGUCUUUUCUGUGGUACGGAUUGUUCAGUCAUUCCUCUAUCGUUCAUUACACAAAGGUGUUUUUCUGUGGUACGGAUUGUUCAGUCAUUCCUCUGACGUUCAUUACACAAAGGUGUUUUCUGUGGUAUGGAUUGUUCAGUCAUUUUUCUAUCGUUCAUUACACAAAGGUGUUUUCUGUGGUAUGGAUUGUUCAGUCAUUCCUCUAUCGUUCAUUACACAAAGGUGUUUUCUGUGGUACGGAUUGUUCAGUCAUUCCUCUGACGUUCAUUACACAAAGGUGUUUUUGUGGUACGGAAGUCAUUCCUCUGACGUUGUUUUCAAAGGUGUUUUGGUACGGAUUGUUCAGUCAUUCCUCUAUCGUUCAUUACACAAAAGGUGUUUUCUGUGGUACGGAUUGUUCAGUCAAGUUCAUUUUGUUUUCUGUGGUACGGAUUGUUCAGUCAUUCCUCUGACGUUCUUUAGUCAUUCAUCUAUCGUUCAUUACACAAAGGUGUUUUCUGUGGGGGAUUGGAUUGUUCUUUAUAAAAUUCCUCUAUCGUUCAUUCCUCUAUCGUUCAAAGGUCUUUUUUCUGUGGUACGGAUUGUUCAGUCAUUCCUCUAUCGUUCAUUACACAAAGGUCUUUUCUGUGGUACGGAUUGUUCAGUCAUUACUCUGACGUUCAUUACACAAAGGUGUUUUCUGUGGUAUGGAUUGUUCAGUCAUUCCUCUAUCGUUCAUUACACAAAGGUGUUUUCUGUGAUAUGGAUUGUUCAGUCAUUCCUCUAUCGUUCAUUACACAAAGGUGUUUUCUGUGGUACGGAUUGUUCAGUCAUUCCUCUGACGUUCUUUAUACAAAGGUGUUUUCUGUGGUACGGAUUAUUUAGUCAUUCCUCUGACGUUCAUUACACAAAGGUGUUUUCUGUGGUAUGGAUUCGUUCAUUACACUUAGUCAUUCCUCUGGUGUUUUUCCUAUGGAUUAUCGUUCAUUACACAAGGUCUUUUCUGUGGUACGGAUUGUUCAGUCAUUCCUCUAUCGUUCAUUUCACAAGUUUUUUCUGUGGUAUGGAUUGUUCAGUCAUUCCUCUAUCGUUCAUUACUGUGGUACGGAAAGGUUCUUUAUACAAAGGUGUUUUCUGUGGUACGGAUUGUUCAGUCAUUCCUCUGACGUUCUUUACAAAAGGUGUUUUCUGUGGUAUGGAUUGUUCAGUCAUUCCUCUAUCGUUCAUUACACAAAGGUGUUUUCUGUGUCAUUCCUCUAUCGUUCAUUACACAAAGGUCCAGUCAUUCUUUUCAUUGGUAAGGUGUUUUCUGUGGUACGGAUUGUUCAGUCAUUCCUCAAUCGUUCAUUACACAAAGGUCUUUUUCUGUGGUACGGAUUGUUCAGUCAUUCCUCAAAGGUUUUUUCGUUCAUUACACAAAGGUCAUUUUUCUGUGGUACGGAUUGUUCAGUCAUUUCUCUAUCGUUCAUUACACAAAGGUGUUUUCUGUGGUACGGAUUGUUCAGUCAUUCCUCUAUCGUUCAUUACACAAAGGUGUUUUCUGUGGUACGGAUUGUUCAGUCAUUCCUCUGACGUUCUUUAUACAAAGGUGUUUUCUGUGGUACGGAUUGUUCAGUCAUUCCUCUAUCGUUCAUUACACAAAGGUGUUUUCUGUGGUACGGAUUGUUCAGUCAUUCCUCUGACGUUCAUUACACAAAGGUGUUUUCUGUGGUAUGGAUUGUUCAGUCAUUCCUCUAUCGUUCAUUACACAAAGGUGUUUUCUGUGGUACGGAUUGUUCAGUCAUUCCUCUAUCGUUCAUUACACAAAGGUCUUUUCUGUGGUACGGAUUGUUCAGUCAUUCCUCUAUCGUUGAUUACACAAAAGGUCUUUUCUGUGGUACGGAUUGUUCAGUCAUUCCUCUGA